AUGAAACUUUCUGUUCUUCUUUUUCAGCCAACAUUCUGACUAGAUUCUUCUUGGUUUAUAUCUUCAUCGCAAGGUCAUUUGGGGAUUUAAUGGAUGAGGCAAAUAAACUAUAUUCAGACCUGUUAGAUGGUCAUAACAAAAUGAUACGACCAUUACAUGAUAACAAGAAAAGUACCAUGGUGAAUAUGAGCUUCAGUUUGAUAUCUAUAAAAGAUUUUGAUGAAGUUACUGGGAAAUUUUCUGUAGUUGGUUUGCUAAAAGUUACUUGGCAGGAUAAUCGAAUGAUCUGGAACAAAACGGAAUAUGGAAAUAUGAAUUCAAUAAUUUUUGAACAAAAUGAUGUUUGGAAACCUAAUUUGUUUCUUGGAAAUGCUUUUGAUGAUAUGUCUGCAAUUGGGGAAGAUUUUAUGACAAUUAGGUACUAUAACAAUGGCACGGCAAUCUGGACACCUUUAGAUAUGAUAAUUACGUCGUGUUCUGUUGACGUCACACAUUUUCCAUUUGACCAACAGACAUGCGCAAUCCAUUUUAUAUCAGUGGGGACAUUACCAGAGGAAAUUUUCAUGAACUCUGAAAUUGAUCAUGCAAUUCUUACUCGUUAUACUGAACAUGAAAUCUGGCAGCUAAAUGAGACAACUGCAUUUGCAUCAAUUGUUGCUGACGCGGGAUCGCUGUUCAGUGUAUUGAUCACCGUUAACAGAAACCCUUUAUUUUACCUUGUAAACAUUAUAUUUCCUAUUAUAUUGCUUACUUUUCUGAAUUCGUUCGUAUUUUUGUUACCAGCGACGUCUGGUGAAAGAAUUUCCUUCUCCAUAACAGUCUUAUUAGCAAUAGCCGUAUUCAUGACAAUGAUAUCAAGUUAUCUACCAAAAACAUCACGCACCAUGUCAAGAGUGUGUUAUUUUUUAAUCAGCAACCUUAUAUUUAGCUGCAUAAUUUGUCUUCUCACUAUCAUACAACUCCGACUGUUCCAUACAUGCGACACGUGUUCAAUUCCGACUAUUCUCCGACGAUUAACUGUCAUGUGUAAAUCACAGAAGCACCGAAAAUACUUUCCAAAUCACCAAGAUCAAAAACAAAAUGGAGGCGACACCUGUGACAAUGAGGCUACACGAACAGACAUUUUAGCUAAAGUAUCCUGGGUUGAUGUUUCUCAGGCUUUAGAUAUUUUCAUGUUGUUGGUGUCGUUGUGUAUUCAGCUGUGUAUGCUGGUCGCUUUGUUUGUCUCAAUUUUGUACUGAUACUUGUAUUAUUGUAUGUUAAUUUGAUUCAGAAAUAUACUAUUAUUUUUAAAACAAAGAAUAAUUCGUAUGUCCUCUUGUCCUCUCAA